UAGACUUCCGGCGCCGGCCUUACUCUCUCCUUGCGCUUCCGUCUCAGCUUCCAGUCGGCACAGACGCGGAAGGUCCAGCAUAGUUUCUUCCCUCUGUCUCUCGCCGCCGCCACGACAGCAGCAUGGCGGGCGCAGAGAUGCGGGCGGAGCUCGAGCAGCGGCUCGACGCCCUGGCCAUUCGCACGGAGGUCGUGGAGCACCCCGAGGUGUUUACAGUUGAAGAAAUGAUGCCUCAUAUCCAGCAUUUGAAAGGAGCACAUAGUAAGAACUUAUUUCUUAAAGACAAAAAGAAAAAAGGCUAUUGGCUGGUGACAGUUCUUCAUGAUAGACAAAUUAAUUUAAAUGAUCUUGCCAAGCAGUUAGGUGUUGGGAGUGGAAAUCUGCGGUUUGCUGAUGAAACAGCCAUGCUAGAAAAACUGAAAGUUGGUCAAGGCUGUGCCACACCCUUGGCACUCUUCUGUGAUGAUGGAGAUGUGAAAUUUGUUCUGGAUUCUGCUUUUCUGGAAGGUGGACAUGAAAAGGUGUAUUUUCAUCCAAUGACCAAUGCUGCAACCAUGGGAUUGAGCCCUGAAGACUUUCUCACAUUUGUGAAGAAGACAGGACAUGAUCCCAUAAUACUAAAUUUUGAUAAAAAUAACUAAUUGGGCUAAUGUUUACAAUAUAUUUCUGAAAGCAGUUUUUCUUAUUUGUAAUUUACAAAAAGCAUUACAAUUGAGGAGACUAUUUAGCUCCUUGGUUUGGUGACAGCUUAAAUCAUUUCAGGAGGAAUGUUUCAUCUUAAAGUUGUUUUUAAAAAGAUGUAUUGAGGUAGUUUUAGUCAGCUCAGAGAUUCCACCCCGCCAUUCCCCAUGACAAUUACUCAUGAAGGAUGCCUUCAACAAUUAAGAAUUAACAUCAAAACUAAGAUUAGUUAGGGGCAGCCGCAGUGGUGUAGCGGUUAAGAUCGUGCACUCCGUUUCAGUGGCCUGGGGUUCGCCAGUUCAGAUUCUGAGCCUGGACCUGGGCAUUGCUUGUCAAGCCAUGCUGUGGGAGGCAUCCCACAUAUAAAGUGGAGGAAGAUGGGUACGGAUGUGAGCUCAGGGCCAGUCUUCCUCAGCCAAAGGAGGAGGAUUGGCGGUGGACGUUAGCUCAGGGCUAAUCUUCCUCAAAAAAACAAAACUAAGAUUAGUUAACUAUCUUGCAUCUCCUUUAGGGUGUUUAUUAUACUUGAAAAAAGCAAGUUGCAAAAACAGCAUAUAUAAAAUUAUACAUGACAGUGUGCACAUAGGGAAAAAAAUCAAAAGGAACAUAGGAAUAUAUUAAAUUGUUUGUGGUGGUUAUCUUUGGGGAAUGGGAGUCCUUAGGAAGAUUACUAGAACAAACAUGGGGGUAAGGGCAAAAGCUUUCUAUUACUGGCUGGCUGUUUUUAAACUAGUGAUUUUUUUCCAAUGGAAAAUAAGCUAAUUAACUUUCUAUAUAAAAGUGUAUCUUUCAAAAAUUUUAAUCUAGAAAAAACAACAUAGGGAUGGAAAAUAUGUCACUCAUUAUGCUUAUAAAAUUACAUUUUAUUUUAUUUUUUUUGAGGAAGAUUAGCCCUGAGCUAACUGCUGCCAAUCCUCCUCUUUUUGCUGUGGAAGACUGGCUCUGAGCUAACAUCCAUGCCCAUGUUCUUCUCCUUUAUACGUGGGACGCCUACCACAGCAUGGCUUGCCAAACGGUGGCAUGUCUGCACCCGGGAUCCGAACCGGGUAACCCCAGGCCACUCAGGUGGAACGUACGAACUUAACUACUGUGCCACUGGGCCGGCCCUGUAAAAUUACAUUUUAAAACUAAGUAGCAGAAUAUACAUAGGCCAUUAAGAAGGAUUUGUUUAGUGCUUGUUCAGAGGUUAGAAAUGUGAACAUACUUGGACAAAUUUCUUCUAUCCUCUAAGCUGUAUUAAAUUUUACUCAUCCCCUUUCAAUUACAGCAUCUAAAACAGUAUAAGAACCCAGGAUAAUGUACUGUCAGUUGUCAUCUGGAAGCUAGUUAAAAAACAGAGUGAGGAAAAUUGACAUUUUUAAACCUCAUUUAAAUUCAAACAAAACCCUUCAUUAGUCGAGGGCCUGACAUACACUAUGCUACAAAAAUAGUCUAGAGUCUCAUCAUGAAAAUUCUCAUGUUUGCCUGUAGUAUAAUCAAAUGGGAUAUUUGUAAGAUAAACAUAUUUUCCUAAGUUUGAUCACUCAAAUAAUUUACAUCCGGGAGAGAUAUUGUACUUAAUUUGUACUAGGUUUGUGUUACUAAAAGUAAAGACUUGUCAUUUCUUGAUAUAUAUGAUCAGAAACUACAUGUCUGCUCAUGGCAGAAUUUUUAUGAAAAGAUGUGGAGUUAAUAAAUAUUUUCCAUAAAUGAUAACCUUA